CAUCCGCAUCCUGUUCGACAAUCCUGUUGCGACGUCAACUUGCAAAAAAAGUUCGGGCGUUACACACGCUCUGUGCAGCUUUGUGCGAAAUAAAACCCAAGAGGAGCAUAUUGAUAGAAACGUUAAAAAUGGAAUUCAUAUUUGGUCUCCUGCUUUUAUUUGGAGGAGUUUUCAGCAAAACGCUUGUCGCCGAGAACGGGACCGUUGAAUUUCAAUCGGAUGACUUCGCUCCUUUCAACUGGUCAAGGUCGACGAUUGAGAUGCCGGACGCUGACCCCGCUAACCCAACUGACCUAUAUGACGUCACGGAUGACAUCACGUCGUUUAAGCCACAGUCAAAUUACAUGGCAGAGCUGUGUGGAUUGAAGCGAAUCCUUCACGACCGAAAUGCUAUCCUGAUGUCCCUGUCUCGCAAUGGCCUCGCCCCUCGCGAAACCACAUGUGUGUCGGGAGUGGAGUCCGCUGCAUACUCGAACUACAUGCUCGUGAUAACCUUCAACGCGGUCUCGAUGACCUUGCCGACUUCCGGUGUCUGCAACCACGCCAGGCUGGACCUGUUCACUGGAAAGGCUUUAACACCAGCAAAUCGCUUAAACGGAGAGGGAGGUUUAUGUGGCAGCCGAAUCACGGGCUACUUCGUGACGUCAUCCAACUUCCUGACGCUUGAAUUCAAGCAGAUACUCAUGGCACCUUCAUCGCGCCAAAGUUUUACGGCAAUCAUUACCCCGUUUCAUCGUGGCCGAUGCGCACAUGACGAGUUCAGAUGCGCCAAUGGAUUCUGCGUGCAGAAUAACAUGCUCUGCGACGGCUACAACAACUGCGGUGAUAACAGCGAUGAAAAAUCCUGUGCGAAAUUAGCCCUGUCCAUCGCCGCCAUUAUCGGCAUCGCCGUCGGGGGCGUUGUAUUGGUGGCGCUGAUUAUCACGUGCAUCUGCUGCAGAUGCUGCUGCUCCCUAUACGAGAGGCUUUAAUAAGCUACAAAUGAUGCUAUUAUUAGAGACACAAGCUACAAAUGAUGCUAUUAUUAGAGACACAAGCUACAAAUGAUGCUAUUAUUAGAGACACAAGCUACAAAUGAUGCUAUUAUUAGAGACACAAGAUACAAAUGAUGCUAUUAUUAGAGACACAAGAUACAAAUGAUGCUAUUUUUAGAGACACAAGCUACAAAUAAUGCUAUUUUUAGAAACACAAGCUAUAGAUGAUACUAUUUUAAGAAACACAAGCUACAUAUUAUAUUAUCUUUAGAAACACUAGCUAUAGAUGAUACUAUCUUUAGAAACACAGGUUACAGAUGAUACUAUCUUUACAAACAAAAGCUACAGAUGAUACUAUUUUAAGAAACACAAUAUACAUAUGAUGCUAUCUUUAAACACAAGCGACAGAUUUUUAGAAACAGAAAGACAUGCUUCCGAUAAGGCUAUUUUUAGUUACACAAGCCACAUCUAUUGCUAUUGUACGUAACAUAACUUACAGAAUAUGCUUUUUUAAUAAACGAGAUUCCAUUUUUUCUGCAAAUUAUGCAAAACAAAUAGACGCAAGUGUUCAACAUGUGAACAAUUAAUUAAAACCAUUUUUCAUUGUGUACAAGUCAUUUUAAAUUUUAAUAUUAUAUUAUAUUAAACCCUACCGCCACAUA